CUCUUGGACUCGAGUUUUUUUUAGUCUAGCACAUAUUAUCGAACUGACUUUAAGAACAUGUUGAAUUCGACGCGUAAGAAAACGAUAGAUAUUAUAAUAUUCGCUUGACAAGUAAGACACGAGCGAUUUGAGUACGCUCAAACGUUUUGCCAUUUCUAAUACGACUCAAAGCACUCGGAAUGAAGCUCGUUCCUGUAUUGUUUUUUUCACUAUUAACAAUAGCCGCCGUACGCGACGUGUGGGCUGCCCAUGGUAACUAUCGACUAGUCAGCUUACUUAAAUUAUCCGUGUGGACACACGGAAGUUAUUGUUUCACUCGCAAGUGUGAACCAGCGGGGUACAACCAUUCACAUAAACCAUGGACUAUUUUCGGUCUUAUUCCGUUACAGCCAGAUGGCAAGAGAAUUCCAACGAACUGCUCCGACGUGAAAUUGAAUUUCACCACUCUAAAGCCGAUCUUGCCAGAGCUAAUCGCGACGUGGCCAAGCUUUACCUCGGAAAAACCUGAACAUGUCUGGGAGAGACGUUUCAAGCAUUUUGGUCAGUGUGCAAUUAGUCAUGACGAAACAGCAAUGGUGUCAGCGUAUGAUUAUUUCAAGACGGCAAUUUUACUCUACGACGGACUUAAAAUAGACGAAAACUUUAAACUCGGUGGCAUUUCGCAGAACAAUAUUACACCGGUAUCGCUCAGCCGAAUCAAUUGGCUUUUCAAUGGACAGAAUAAGGCCAUCGAGUUCUACUGUGAAGGAAAUCGAAGUGGAUAUGAUGUCCUUCAACGGAUGAAGUUCUGCUACCAUCCACGUUCACUCCGCGCAAUUUCGUGUCCGAAAAUUGCCAAUGAAAGACCAACAUGUAAGACCAAACAAGUCUGGUAUCUAACGAAUCCUGCUGGCGAUCAGUCGAAAGCGUCUGAUGCGAUCAGAACAGUCAAUACGACUUGUGAGCUUGUUAUGAUUGCCGUAUUAUUUUAUACGUUGCUUACCCUCAAAGAUAUGAGCAUAAACUGAAAUAUAUGAUGUCGGGUGAAAUCCCCUAAGUUUCGAGGAUGA